AUGGAAGAGCAAAUCCAGAAGAAACCCAGAAUCCUUUGUCUCCAUGGAUUCAGAACAAGUGGUCAAAUCCUCAAGAAACUAGUCUCACGUUGGCCUGAAACUGUACUACAAAAACUGGAUCUUGUUUUUAUCGACGGUCAAUUUCCAGCACAAGGAAAAUCAGACGUUGAAGGCAUUUUCGAUCCACCUUAUUAUGAAUGGUUCCAAGCCAAUGAGGAUUUCAGUGAGUAUAGGAACUUUGAAGAAUGUUUAACAUACAUUGAAGAUUUUAUGCUGGAAAAUGGUCCUUUUGAUGGUGUACUUGGAUUUUCUCAGGGUGCAUUUUUAGCGGCUGCAUUGCCAGGAAUGCAGGAACAGGGAGUAGCACUAGAGAAGAUAAGCAAGAUCAAGUUCCUGAUUUUGAUAUCAGGAGCCAUGUUUGGUGGAAUGAAAUAUGGAACACCUAAGCUAGCUUCCAAUGCAUUUUCAAAACCAAUUGAUUGCCCCUCUCUUCACAUUAUAGGUGAGACAGAUUUCUUGAAGCCAGAAAGCAUUAUUUUGCAAAAGGCUUUUGUUGACCCUGUUGUGAUUCAUCAUCCAAAAGGACACACAAUCCCAAGACUUGAUGAAAAGAGUCUCGCAACUAUGCUUGGUUUCAUUGACACAAUUCAGGGAAUGCUAUUAGAUGGUCACAACAAGGAUUGA